CCCCUACGUCAGAACAUCAACAUCACAAUUAUGGAGGUUGAGCCAGACUGCGUUAUAAGCUCCGAUAGCUUUGAGAAGUAUGGACUUAACGAACGCUGUAGGGUUUCCAGAGAAAGAGUCCAGGACUUCCUGGAGAGAGGUCUCAUGAGCCAAGAUGGCGUUUACCAGAGAUACACAGAGGAGUUGUCUGAGAAACUCACUAGCGUCAGACGGUCUGAUCAGCCUGGCGUGAUAGAAGAUAUUAGACAGUCGUUCCAACGACUACGUGACCCAAAUACAGGAUAUCUUUCCGAGGUGAUGUUCAAUCGCCUGAUUACAGAGAGACUCUCGGGAUUGGAAGUUGACGAAUCGCUGAACGGCCCUGCGUUGCUUUUCAACAUCUGCAGCUCGCAUGCAUUCUACCCGUUCCCGAAGUCAUACGGUGGCUCAGGACAGCUUCAGAUUGAUGAAGAUGGUUUCGUGCGCGCAGUUUGUCUGCUGACUCUGAGUCCUGCCCCACGAUACGGCCCCAGGUUCUCGGGGGCCAGGCACAGAUAUUAUUCGGGAAAUUGGGGGCCGCAUAGUGGUAGUUACAUUGCGCUCCGCGGUAAGGACGCUGGGGACUUCCGCAGACGGCUAUUUCGGAGCCUUGCUGUUCCCGACAGCACUAGCACGGGCCAUGACACAACAAUACCGGUUCCUCGAUUCAUGUGGUACGAAUCCAAUGAAGGACGCGACUCUGAAGAUGAAACAGGCCAGCAGGUAGUCGUUGCAGAGGACGAGAGCGAAUUGUCGAUAGACAUUGUGGACGUCCUAUCAGAAUGUCCCAUCGAGGCGGAUAGGCUGACGGCGAAUCCAUUCCGCGAGAGCUACCGUAUAGCCCUACCGUCGCUGCCAAAACAUACUGACGACAUAUCUGUGCUUUUCAUCCCUACGGUAAAGCUUGUGGCUCUGGUAAAGUUGGCCCAGCAAGUACAGCGCGAAAGCAGAACAGAUCUGGUAGCCACGAUUGAGGGGCUAGGCAAUGACGGAAAGGUCGGCUGGGAGGCGUUCGAAUCUGCGAUGUCGGAACAUUCGGAAUUUAUUGCAGACUUUGUUUCGAGUAUUUUUGGUACCUUCACCAUCACCUGAGAGACGGGACUGCUGCUCAUGAUUACAUGCGCACUUGUCCAUGAUUACCUAGUGUACAAAGCAUGAUUACUUAUAGAGAAAGGGAGAUACUCAAUACUAUAAGUCGUACAAGUGGCUUGUUGAGCAACUGUAGAACGCAAGGCUAGUGAAGUAGACAG